CACUAUAUAUAUAUAUAUAUCUGUGUGCAUUAGGCAGACCGUUCUCCCUCUGUCUGUCUCUCUGGACGUGUUGCCUCAGAGCAGUGUAUCCUGAGUAUCCUCGUUCAUCACCAUGAUGAAGACCAUCACUGCUUUUGCUGUUCUUGCUCUAGCAGCCACCACAUGGGCUGUCUCUCCACCUGCCAGAGGAACACAGGUGGACUGCUCCCAAUACUCAGGGGCAAAAGGCGCCAAGGUUGCGUGCUCAAGGAUAUAUAAACCAAUGUGUGGCUCAGAUAAUGAAAUUUACAGUAAUGAAUGCAUGUUUUGUAUGAAGCAACAAGAAAGAGGACUUCAACUCAGAAAACUUCAUGAUGGGGAAUGUAUUCAGUGCACCGGGCAUUCUUCUUUCUGCACCAUGGAGUACAAACCUCACUGUGGAUCUGAUGGAGCAGUGUAUGGCAACAGAUGUCUGUUUUGCAAUGCUGUUGCGAAGAGCCGUGGUGCACUCUAUUUGGCAAAUUACGGAUCGUGCUGAGCCUCCUGGAUGCUCACGGGCACCAAGUAUCCUUUAGCAGAUUCCACACAGAGAGCCAGUUUCUCGGAGUUGGCUCUGGGGGCAAACACAUGGGUUUGAUUCUUCAAUAAAAGAAUCUCAGCAGAAAA